AUGAGAGGUGCUACAGACGACAAAAAACCCCAUAAGAUGGUCCGAAGCUCGAUUGCAUGCGCGCGAUGCAGGCGAAGUAAAGUCAAGUGUGUCAAUAAUGGGCCAAAUUCAACCUGCAAAUCAUGCGCUCAAAGUAAUCGGGAGUGCACAUAUCCUGUGGCUGGCUCAGCGCCGCCUCUCAAACGUACCGAAGUACUGUCUAGCAUUGGCUCAGUUGGUGAAUCGGGCGAAAGUAAAAAACGAAAUCGAAAAAUUGAAGAUUCUACUCGACGAGUGAGUCAUCGCGGGCGUGAAGAUGUAUUGGAUUCGCCUGUCCUCACCCGUAAGGUGUGGGACGAAAUUUUUGAGCUGUUCAAGCUACACUUUGCCACCGAAAUGCCCUUUCUUCAUCCACCUACGUUUCGAAAUCGGAUGCGUCAAGCCGCACAUCCGCGCGAUCCAAACACUUUGCCGGCCGACCUGGAAGAAGGCCGCGUCCUACUCCUAGGUGUACUUACCCUCACGGCCCGCUUUCACCCUGGUCUAGUCGCUCACCAUGCUCCAAACGGGUCGGAUCCUCUGACUGCCAGUGAAUUCUACGCUGCACCACUCGCUACCGCAUUUGGUCCAACUAUCCGUCACCUGAGCCGUCCAUCUCUUGAAAAUAUUCAAGCGCUGCUUAUGUUGGGGCUGUAUGAUUGGGGCCAGACCCGUGGUCUCAGCGCGUGGCUCAACGUUGGAUUAGCCAUUCGGCUAGCAUUUGCCAUGGGUCUCGCGAAUAUCGACCAUCCGGAAACUAUUCCUCCUGCUGACGCCCGGACUCCCUUGCCAUCAAUGUCUCCGCGCGAUGGGGCUAUCGAAAAGGAGGUGCGGCGAAGAACUCUUUGGAGCUGUUUUAUAAUGGAUCGCAUGCUUUCGGCGGGCCAGCCCCGCCCUAUAAUGAUUGCUGUUGAUAAGUUAGCUGUCCAACUACCAUGCUCUGACGAUCAGUUUCUCUUUGUUCAUAAUGUGCCGACAAGCUUCCUCAGUGCUAGAUGGGUGCCAAUUGGGGACCUCACGCCAGCAUCGCCAUCUGCAAUACUUUCUUCUGACGAUGGAAUCCUUAGUCGUUACCUAAGGCUAGUUGAAAUAUUCGGGGAUCUUUCAGAGUGGUGCCAUGCAGGUGGUCGCCGCAAGGAGACUAUGCCGCCGUGGGAUCCAAACACCGGGUUUUAUCAGUUGCGCCAAAGGUUAGAGGCUUUUCACCAUGGUCUACCCCCAAGCUUAACCUUCAACGAAGCAAACUUAUCCGCACACCUAGAAAAACGAAACGCUACUACAUACGCCUCUUUACACACUCUCUAUGCACUCAGUCUAAUAGUUCUUCACCGCGAAUACCUACCAUUCGUACCUCUACGUUGCGAAAAACCUGCUGGUCCACUUGGGCCCGCCAAGUUUUCUUCGGAAAAUUACGAUAUUCCUAGCGGAUUUUGGGAAGAAAGCGCCGCCAUCGUUAUGAAGUCAGCUCGUGACAUAACAGAAAUUGUACGAACAUGUCAGGACAGCAAUGCCUUACCCGAAUCUCCCGGUACAUGUUUUGCAGUUUGGCAAGCCGCACUUAUCUGUGUUUAUGUACUCUGGUUUCCCCAGAUGGAUACGAAAUGUUACCUAACUGAUCCAGACUCACCCUCUAUACCGCGCGCUGCUCCUCGACGUACUGGUCAGUUGGCCGUUGCUGAAAAACUACUAGGUGAUAUGUCUCUAACCUUGACCAUGGUCCAAGGUUAUCUCAAAUGUAUGGAGAAAAUGCACAGGUAUUAUUUCACUGUAUAUCGGGAUUAUAUUGUAAGAUUCAAACGUGGUCAAGAUCUGGAGCAAUACAAGCAUUACGAACGUGAGCUGCAGGAAUUCAGCGAGAAUCGAGAGUUCGAACAGCCACCAUCAGAUGUAGAAGACCAAAAUCAUUCUCGUGCAAGCACUCACGAAUUAGUGUCUGGAGUCAGUGAACAAAUGCAAGGAGUAGAGACGGCUCCGCGGCCAAAUGGGUCCUGGGCCCCUAUAAACGCAUCAUCCCCGCCGCUCGAUGAUGAGCGAACUAAAUACACACCGCAUGGUCAACAUCCUUAUGGUAUUCCAUGCCUAUCUGCCCACGUCCCCGCACCUGCAUCACCCAUAUCAGGUGAUUCGCAUCGCCUAAUUAGCGGUAAAAUCGCCCUUGCAAGUGGCACUCAUUUGGCCCAAGCUCUACCAUAUUCCUCAAUUACUCCGCAUAGUAUCAUAGCUUCUGUUGGGAAUACGUGUGGGAGAACCGAGGCUGAUGAUGAGGCUUUUGCCAAAUGGAUUGAAACCCAAGAUUCAAUCAGCCUAAAUACAGGCCUCGAUAACUUUGCGCAAGAAGCUCCAAUGGAGCAAUUCGCACGAACGACAACUAUGCAUGGAGGAUCAAAUUUUAUGCAUGCAAUAUGGUCACUGUCUACGACGGUAGAAGUUGAGCCAAGUAUAUCUUGUAUCUGA